AUGAGUGGUGAGGAUAUUUCGAACGUUGGCUCCAGCGACCAACAGACAAGGCUUAUAACGCUGGAGAAUCCCUUCAAGAAGCCCAAGAAAAACAAAGAAGACGAAGAAGGUGACAUGAACAACAUCUAUGCGACAGCUCUUCUCGAUAAGUGGAUGGCACAAGGCAAGCACGAAAACAAAGCCCCAGCUGGUAAGAACACAAAGCAGGCCGAUGCCAAAUCAAAAAAGAUCGGGUUCCUCAAGCAGCUGCUUCAAGGAGCAAAGAAGCAGCCAACCAACGCUAAGGAGAAAGUGCUUCACACGCUUACCGAAAAGAAGAUAAACCUGCUGAUUCCUCAGUCACUGCCGGAUCCUCGGGUUAUCGACCCGGCCGAUCAGGUGCCGGUAGUGGGCGUGUCACCGAUUGACGCCGUGCCGGACAGCGAGGCCGGCCACAGCCAGGGCACCGACUCCAGGCGCAUACAGGAGGAGUUCUUCGCAUCGGUCGACACGUACCGCACCAGCAUCGCGCACGCGAGACAGCGCGUCGCCCACCGGCAGGGUCAGGUCGCGACCUCCGAGAAGACCGCUCCCGCCCACUACGUCAAACAGGCGGCUGGCACCAGCACAGAUCCGAUCGAGGAUACUGAGAAGAAGCCACCGAAGACUGGAGAGGGAGAGGAAGGAGAAGAGGCGGACGGUGUUGCUGAAGACAUGGAGGUCACUCUCGCUGACAUUCUUCCAGAUGAAGAGGCGGCUCGCCUGGAGUGGCGUGGGUCCUCCUCGUCCGAGGUGACCCUCGUGGGAUCUGAUGGGACCGUGUCUCGCCGCAGGAAGUCAUCUCUGCGCAGAAAGAAGCGGGCGUCUAGCGCCGAAAAGUACCAGAAGUGGAAGAGAAAAACGUCCACCAAGGCGUACGUCGAGUACCAGAGAAGGACGGACCCGCGUUUUCACGUUGAUGAGGACCAGACGUCACACUCGACCUCGCUGUCAUUACUGAGAGUACCGCGGUGGGAGGACGGGCGUCAUGGAGCGACAUCAGCUCUGUUCAGACGGCCCCCGAGCCAGGUACGUACCUACCCGGUCAGCAGUACUGAGAGUACCGCGGUGGGAGGACGGGCGUCAUGGAGCGACAUCAGCUCCGUUCAGACGGCCCCCGAGCCAGCUCCUGAUGGUAGUUCACCGGGACGCGUAACCAGAUCGACAGCGACGGAGGAGCAGGGCCGCACUGAAGGCACCCAGACCAGCUCCACCGAGUACCUGCUGCUCGAUCGCCAGUCCUGCCUGGUGAAGGUGCUGGCUGCUCUACAGAGGCUCAACACUGACGAGGCGCUUCAGGUAGCUCGCAUUUUGCGCAGAAGUCUGGACGAAGACCGAGUGUAUGAAGACGUAAACGUCAAACAAAUUUUGGAGCCGAAGAGAUCUUCCAUCGACGCAUCAAAUAAACCUCUAACGAGAGUGGAAUCUGAAAAGGUGGUGGCGAAGGGCAGCCCGUCCCGCAGCGGCGCCAUCCCGGAGAUGAUCUCUGACCAGGACUAUGACGAGCUGACGCGCAUCGUCUCACAAAUAGAUCUGAUGGUGCGCUCCAAACUGCGCAUCACCGCCGCCCCGUACUCGCUCAUCUACGAGACGCUCAUCAACUACCACCUGGAGAUCACGCAGGACUACUCGCCCUCCGUGGCCGUGUUCAACUACUACCUCACCGAACAGGGUCACCCGCUGUUCGACGACACGAGCGGCUUCUUCCGGCCGACGAUCCUGCAGGUGCCCCGUGAGUCGCUCUACCCGCGACUGUACGCCCACAGGCCGUACGAAGAACCUCGAGAAUUGCCUGCGGGAGGACGCCUUCUGGAUCUGCAGCUGCUGCUGGGAGAGCUGCUCAUCUGCCCGUUCUGCGGACAUGACGUGGUCUGGGGACAGCACGAAAUGUGUGUGGAGUUUUGUUGCUAUUCGUUCGCCGAGGUCAUCUCCCGUGAGUACGAGGACGACCUGGGUCGGAUCCGGCGCCAGGCGGCUCUGCGCGGACGUCGCGCUGCCAUCGGGGAGCUCGAGGAAGACUCGGAGCUGCUGGAGGCAGCCCUCAGCGCGGCCGCUUCCGAUCAGCAGCCGCCCGCCAAGAUAUCAUGUCUCGUGGAAAAACGUACGCGGCUUCGCGCACUAGGACGUUAUGGACAGGACGGCACUGCUACUGGAAAGGCGCCCCACCUGCUGCCGUUUGAUAUGGACAUGGUGAAGAAGGCCUCAGCUGCGAAGGCUGGUGAGGCAAAACAGAGCAAGCACAAGUCCCACAGGAGUCGCAGAAAGUCCAGCGGUCCUGCCGACGAAGCCGGUAGGAGAUCCGCCACCCGGCGCCGGAGCCAGAGACACGCCAGCGAGCCGAGCAAGGGCUCGCGCACGAAGAGAUCCUCGAGACUGGACGGCGCCGCCGCGGGAGACGAGUCGCCCCCCACCGGCAGGCGCGCCUCGCGCAACAAGAAGAGGCGCACGACGAGGCGGGACAUGAUGCACGAGGUGGAGAAGCUGGAGAGGAAGAUGGGUCGCCGUCUGACACAGGAUGAGCUGGAGGCGGUGAUGGAGGGUGACAGCGUGAUGCAGUCGGACGCACGAGGGCUCAGUAUCACCGCCGGAGGCAUCGAGGAGAAACUGGACGUCACCAGCAUGGAGAACAUACCCGAUCGGGGACCGUCCAGAAGGAGAAGUCCAAGAACUUCCCGGGACCACAUUAUUGAUGAUACGAUAGGAAUCAGGCUGAGCAGCUACAUGAAGGACACAGACGACACCACCAUCGCAGACACCGAGUCGUCUGCACCCCCGGCGCGGCGCAAAGGGAAGGAGCGCGGUGGCGGGCCCUCGCGACGCUCCAAGAAGAAACGGGAACGGGAGCGGGAGACGGAAGCCAGCACUGUGGAUCUGGAGAGCAGGGACUCGAAGACCAAACGUGCGGAGCGUGCCGAGCGGGACUCGGUCAGUCCCGACGACCAGCUGCACUACCGCCUGUCCGAGAGCGCCUUCCUCGAGGAGGGCGUCACCCUGCUGCCCUGGGACGGCUCGGACGGUGACGGCGGCGACCCAUCUCAGCCGCAGCAGCAGAUCAUCACCCACCCUGUCGAGCUUGGUCAGCGGCAGUUCCUCCAGGAGCGCUAUCCAGACGGCAGUCUGUUCGUGACCUGGUUUGACGACGGCUCUGGACACGUCAUGUACCCCAGCGGCGAGCCGGCCAUCCUCAUCACUGUGGAACCUGCAGGUCGCCGGUUUGUGGUGCUGCCCGACCAGCCCUGCGCUGACCUGACCUCGCCAAACUGCGUGCUGGCCAUGUUUGACCCCAAGGGCAUUGGAUUUGUCUACUCCAACAAAGGUGCCCCUAGACUGUUGCUGGACCAGCGGGAGGGCUGGUAUCACCGCGAUGACGGCACUGUGCGCCGGUGGCACUGGUCGGAUCUGGACGAUCACGUCCACCACUCACCCACGCUGCAGCCGGUCAUCUUCGCCAUUAGCAGACACGUGGCCAUCCGUGUAAUUCGACAAGACUACAUCGUUCUCUCAUUCUGGGCCAACCAGCGCAGCGCACGGUUUAACGUCGGUGUGACUGCGGAGGCGGCGACGGUGACGCCGGUGCCGGGAACCGCGCCGCUGUCCCCGGACCAGUACCGACUCGUCUGCCAGGGCACCGAUCAGAUGGAACUGACUGAACUGAAGGGACGAGUGCGGCGCAUCCUGGCAGAAAUGGCCCGCAUCACCGACGAGCCCGUCAAGUACCUGAUUUAUCAUCAGAAACUGCUGCAGCGUGGUCUGAACGUGCCGCUAAGGCGGCCAGUCCCGCAGUGGCUGACUGCCGAGCCGCGCCAGCCCCGGCUGCCUGGUGGUGUAUCCGCCGCGCUGGGCCGUCGCUCGGCCGCGGCCGCCGCCGUCGGCAACUCUGCACGACGCGCCUUCCUCUUGCAGAAGAUGGCACUUCUGUCACAUUCCGAGAUGACCUCUGCGGAGCGCCGCGCCGGUUCGGCGGCCAGCCAGGCCCGCUCGCCCAGCCUACAGACGCUGAGCCAGCCGGCCCCUCUGGCCACCAUAGUGCCGCCGCCGGCCGAGGUCACGUGAUCACAAGCAGAUGCCGGUUUGUUUUGUAUUUUGUUUUUAUGUCCUGUCCUAAUGGUUUCAUUGAGUUUAAUAUUUUGUUGCCGUUUUGGUAAUAAAAACCAGAUUUAU